AUAAAUAAAUAGCAAAAUAUAAUAACAAUUAUAAUCACAUUUUUUAAUUGCAAUUUAAUCGCUAAAUAAGUGGAUCAAUUAAAAGACACCAAACAUUAUGGACAACGAUUGGCUUCAAUUGGUCAGCGAAAGGACAACACAGAAGAAGACUUCGGUGUCGGCUAAUGAUAGACAACAACUGAAGAGAGAACAAGAGAGGAAAGAUUUGGCCGUAAGAACUGAUCGCGAAUUGAAUCCGUUUAUCAGGAAUUGUCUUCAGACUGGCGAAGACAUUGACACAGCUAUUAACAGCCGCAACAACAACAGCAGGACUUCUUCAUCGACAGCUUCUUCAGCUACACAGUCAUCGCAGUCAUCAAGAAAUUCAUUGAACGCCAAACUAAUUAAAGCACAACUGAUGGGCAAUCAGAAGCUGAUCGACGAUAUCAAUGAACAGAUGAAACAAUUGGAUCGAUCAUCGGAUGGUCACCACAACAACAGAAGAGAUUAUAGUAGUAGUAGUAGUACUGGCGAUACAUAUACUGUUAAGAAACGGGUCAACGAAGCGGAUCUGACAACAAAAGAGAUGUAUUUGAAGGCAAAAUCGUUGUCGACUAGCGAUGAAAGUCGUGUUUUCAUAGCCACCACUUCGCGGCUGAAACAUCGAACCGCAGAUGACGAGUACGAAGACGAUGUCCAACGAAAACAGCAUAAGAAACACCGGUCCAGUGGUCAACCAAAUGAUCAACAAUUGUCUUAUAUUAAACAUCAAGACGAUAGCAAAUGUCGGCAAUGUGUCCACAAUAUUGAUCGGCAACUGAUUGUCCAUAACGGCGAACAUACACUACUAAUGGUAACACCGUAUGAGCCGUUUGUUUCAGGCUAUUGUCAUAUCUUAAGCAAAGGCCAUACGAAUGUGUCGUUUGUAUCGGCAGAUGAAGAAUGUAUUGUCGAAAUUAACGAAAGAAAGCGCCAGUUGUGCGACUAUUUCGUUGAACAACACAAGAAAAAGUCGGUAAUAUUUGUCGAAACAUAUCUUCGACGACAACAUCAACGACAUUAUCAUCUACUCAUUGAAUGUAUUGCCAUUAAACAGAAGUACGAAAGCGAGGCCCGUAUCUUCUUUAAGAAAGCAAUUAUGGAGUGCGAUACUGAAUGGUCGAUGAAUAAGAAAUUAAUUGAAAUCAAUAACAAGUGUCCGACAAGAAUGAUUCCCAAAGGUUUGUCAUAUUUUUGUGUAACAAUUGGACCGAAAAACAAUGGCUUCGCUCAUGUUAUCGAAGAUGAAGAAUCGUUUUCAUUGAAUUUUGGAAAAGAAGUCAUCGGUGGUCUACUAGAUGUAGAGCCGCACAAAUGGUUGAAACCUAAACGCGAAAACUUUGAACAACAGCUAAAAAGAGGCCAAAAGUUGAAAAACUAUUGGAAACAACUGAACGAAAAUCGGAAAUAA